AUGGUGGUUGAAAUAAGAUUUCGCGGUGGUCAUAAAUUUAAGAAAUCAGAUAUCAUCACUCUUGAACCAGAACCUUCUAAUAUACAUGACAUAAAUGCAAUAAAAGUUAUUGUAAAUACUCAUAGAAAGAAAAACUAUAAUCAAUCAGCAUCUUUAAAUCUCGAAUAUCCUUGGAUG